UAAGCCCGCCGCGUCGAGGCGAGUGAGAGAGAGAGCUUCCCCCCGCCACGCCGGCCACCUCACCACUCUCGUUUCGUUUCAGGCGGCGAGAGCGGGAGAGCAAGCGAAUUCUCUCAGCUCGAUUUGUGUUUUUUUUUUGAGGGGGAGGAGGUGAGUGCAACGGCGAUGGUGAUGACGAGGAGGAGGGCGGCGCUGCUGGUGGUGGCGAUGUGCGCGUGCGCGGCGCUGCCGUCGACCACGACGGCGAACAAGUUCUCCAUCAACUGGAAGCCCAACACCAACUACUCCGACUGGCCCGCCCAGCACGGCCCCUUCUACAAGGGCGACUGGCUCGUGUUCUACUACACGGCGGGGCAGGCGGACGUGAUCCAGGUGGACGCGGCGGGGUACAAUACGUGCGACGCCACCAACGCCAUCUCCAACUACAGCAAGGGCCGCACCUACGCCUUCGAGCUCAACGAGACCAAGACCUACUACUUCAUCUGCAGCUACGGCUACUGCUUCGGCGGCAUGCGCCUCCAAAUCAAGACCGAGAAGCUCCCGCCACCGUCCCCGCCGGCCGCCGCCAAGGACAAGUCCGCCGCCGCAUUCACCGCCUCGCGCGCCUCGCUCUUCUACGCCGCCGCCGCCGCCGUGCUCGCCGCGAUUCUCAGGAUGUUUUAGCUGCUAGUAGUAGUAGCGUUGUCUGCUGUCUUCGUCUGAUUUGGAGGUCCUCCCCUGAUUUUUUUAGUGUGUUUGGAACCCUGGAAAUUUUAGUAGAACCUCGAUUAUUAGUGUGGAUUUGCGUAAGCCGUAAGCUGUCAAUUGAGCAAAGAUCAGUCAAUCAUUCUACCAAGGUGAAGAAAUUCAGAGCUACUCUGCAGGUCCAGAGACGGAGUAGUUUUGACUCUGCAUCUUGAAUCUAGAUAACAGCAUUUUUUAAUCCA